AUGCCGCCAAAAGCGCAACCACCCCCUCGCAGUGUUUGGGCCAACGCAAACACCAACAGUUUACAGUUUUGCACUAACAGUGGCCCUAAUAACACUAUUAACAACGUGGCUAACCAAAUCUUCGACGCUGCCCACCAGGCUCUGACUCGUACGACGCUAGGCGCUUUUAUCUUCGAUCAGCGCGUCGCAGAUAAGCUACGCCGUGUUUAUGCGGUUGCCCCUGAGGACAUUCGCCGUGUUUUUAACUACUUCUGUCGCCCUCGCGGCAACAGUCCGUACGAUGCUGUCUUCGGUCCGGGCCCUCGCGACUACUCACCUAUGAUCGCACGUACGACUAUCACUGCUCAGCAGAUUCUCACUAGCCGUCCGUCCUACCUCAAGGCCUUUGUUGUGCAUAGCCGCGGCGCUCUUAACGCGGCUUUUUAUACGAACAAUUGCGCCGCUGUUCUACGAGGCGAGAAGAAGUUUACCGCAUUCGCUGGCUACGUGUCCAUUACUAACCAUGGAGCUCGUUGCAGUGUCACUCAGCAGGCAGUCUCUCGUAUAGGAGGUGGGCGCAAGAGGCUCCCUAAUGGUCCUAGCAGUAGCAACCAGCGUGGUCGUCCGGCUGCGGGUGGUGCCGAGAACCCCCUGCUCGUGGAGUAG